AUGAGCAGCCUGUCCCAAACAUCAUGGCUGGGAGGAGGGCUUUGCAAGAUUUUACUGCAGCUCGUCGGACAGUCCAGCGCCGCGCUGCCCAUGCCGGGCCAGAGCCUGCGGCCUCAGGGUUGGAAAAGCGCCAGUCUCCUGACGGUCGCUGCGGUCCCGAUCAUAACAAUCAGGUCUGCGACCAAAGUGACUGUUGUUCUAGUGCUGGCUCCCUCGUGCAUGAUCGAGUAUGGUCCGUCGUGCGAUGCCAAUAUCCGCCCCGAUGGACCAGACACGACGAAUGUUCCCCGGACCAGACUCGGCUCUGUCCCUUAUGGUCAGGCCAUCUACCACUGCGAGCACUAUGGUGACAUCGCCUUGACCUUUGACGAUGGUCCUUAUAUCUACACCGAGGAUCUGCUGAACAAGCUAAAGGCAUACAAUGCCAAGGCAACCUUCUUCAUUACCGGUAACAACCUGGGCAAGGGCAAGAUAAACGAUCCAACCACCAACUGGCCUGCUCUCAUCAGGCGCAUGAUUGCCGAGGGCCACCAGAUUGCUAGCCACACCUGGUCUCAUCAGAGACUUACGACUAUCAGCGCCGAAAAGUUCCGUAACCAAAUGAUCUACAAUGAGAUCGCCUUUGCUGAUCUUCUCGGUUACUUCCCAACAUACAUGAGGCCUCCCUAUUCAGCCUGUGAUGCUACAUGCGAGGGCUAUCUCAAUGACUUGGGUUACCACAUCACCUACUUCAACCUCGAUACCGAGGGCUAUCUUCAUGACAGCGCCGACCUCAUCCAAGAUUCCAAAGACAUCUGGGAUGAAAACGUGGAGGGCAAGGACGUCGCCACCACCAAGUGGCUUCAAAUCGAGCACGAUCCCGUCUAUCAGAGCGUCUAUAACCUCACAGACCAUAUGCUCGAGUCCCUCUUCCGCAACGGAUUCAAGUCUGUCACCGUCGGUGAAUGUCUCGACGACCCCCAAGAGAAUUGGUACCGCUCCGUCGGCGAUGCCCCGCCAUCCACCGGCACCGCCACUCGCGUAGCCACAGGGACUGCCACAUCUUCCAGCGUCGCCGCCCCUACCGGCACUCUUCCAGCUUCCACCAACGGCCGCUGUGGAGCCAACUUUGGCAGCACAACCUGCUUCACCGAGCCCGGUGCAACCUGCUGCUCAUCCGCCGGCUGGUGUGGCAACACGGCCGACCACUGCGGCGCAGCAUGCCAACCUCUAUACGGCAACUGCCAGAUCUCCGGGGCAUCGAGCUCUCCCGCCCCUGUCAGUUCCGCGUCAUCGUCUGCAGCCGUACCCUCGCCGUCCGUAACCAGCUCCGCGCCCGCGGCCACUGGUACCGCGACAUCUCCGCCUCUCAGUACCAAUGGGCGUUGUGGUACCAUGCAGGGCGGCACCACUUGCAUCAGCGAACCUGGCGCGACGUGCUGUUCGCAGUAUGGAUGGUGCGGUGCCACGACAGACCACUGUGGUAGUGGUUGUCAGGCUGGUUUCGGUACUUGCGGUACAUCGAACUGA